AUGAACGCCGCACAGACGGGCGUCGAGAACCUCGACCUCGAGAAGCUCAACGACAAGGACAAGGGCGAGCUCCGCCAGUUCCUCGCCAACGAGCAGCAGCGAUCGCAGAUUCAAUCCCAAACACACAACCUGACCCAGAUCUGCUGGAACAAGUGCGUCACCGGCAGCAUCAAGAACGCCAAGCUCGACCGCUCCGAGGAGGGCUGCCUGGCCAACUGCGUUGACCGAUUCCUCGACAUGAACUUCCUCACGAUGAAGCACCUCAAUAACAUGCGGUCUUCUUGA